AUGGCUGUCCAAGAUGCAGCGGCAAGGUGGGAUGCGUUGGGGAGCCGCGACGCUAGUUCCAGGGACGCGGCGAUGGAGAACAUUCACCAGGAGGUGAUGAGAAGAGUAGAGGGCAUUGGACCUAUCCCAAAGGCGCCUUCUUCGCCUCCUGCCACGGCUACUGGGUUGGCCAGCGAUCUCAACAACAUCUUGGCGCGUGUUCUCAUGCUUUCCAAGAGGUGUCCCUAUUCAGACGUUAGAGAAAAAUGCAAGAGGAUUCUUAAGAGUGUUCAGGACCUUGGAGUGCGCAUUCCCAGACCAUUGGGAAACGGACCAAGCAGAUUUAUCCCAGAGAAAGAGAUCCUUCAAGUCAGUAAAGUGGACACCCGAACGCAGACAAUAUUUGAGGAUGCGUUUGCAGCGCUGGGUCGUCUAGACAACAUCUCUCUAGUGAUGGGGUUCCACCCGCAGUAUCUGGAGAGCUUUCUAAGGACACAGCACUACCUUCUUCAGAUGGACGGACCCCUACCUCUGCACUAUAGACAUUAUAUAGGAAUUAUGGCCGCCGCCCGACACCAGUGCUCCUACCUGGUCAACCUGCACGUGAACGACUUCCUGCAGGUGGGGGGAGACCCAAAGUGGCUGAACGGGCUCGACGGAGCCCCGCAGAAGCUGCAGGCGCUGGGAGAGCUCAACAAGAUCCUGGCUCAUCGGCCGUGGCUGCUCACCAAAGCACACAUCGAGAGUCUGCUGAAGGCGGAGGAGCACAGCUGGUCUUUGGCGGAGCUGAUCCACGCGGUGGUACUGCUCACACACUACCACUCCCUGUCCUCCUUCACCUUCGGCUGCGGGAUCACCCCGGACAUCCACACGGAGGGAGGACACACUUUCAGACCCCCGUCACUCAGCAGCGGCUACUGCGUCUGCGACAUCGCCAACGGCAACGGCAACGGCGCUCUGGAGGAAAUGCUUGGUAACCACCAGUUGGCAGAGGCGUCAGGUGAGGUGGAGGUUCUGAUGGAGAGGAUGAAGCAGCUGCAGGAGUGUCGUGAUGAGGAGGAGGCCAGUCAGGAGGAGAUGACCACGCGCUUCGAGAGAGAGAAAACCGAGAGCAUGCUGGUCUCCACAUCAGAGGAUGAGGAGAACGUGCCAUCCAGAGACAUUUCACGGCAUUUUGAGGACCCCAGCUAUGGCUACAAGGACUUCUCCAGGAGAGGCGAGCAUGUACCCACCUUCAGAGUGCAGGACUACAGCUGGGAGGACCAUGGUUACUCUCUGGUGAACAGGUUGUAUCCAGACGUUGGACAGCUACUGGAUGAGAAGUUUCAGAUCGCCUUUAACCUAACCUACAACACCAUGGCCAUGCACCAGGGAGUGGACACGUCCAUGCUCCGCAGAGCCAUCUGGAACUACAUCCACUGCAUGUUCGGCAUCAGAUAUGAUGAUUAUGAUUAUGGGGAGAUUAACCAGUUGCUGGACCGCAGUUUUAAGGUCUACAUCAAGACGAUGGUCUGUAGCCCCGAGAAGACCACCAAACGGAUGUAUGAGAGCUUCUGGAGGCAGUUCCAGCACUCUGAGAAAGUCCAUGUAAAUUUGCUUCUUAUGGAAGCACGCAUGCAGGCAGAACUGCUCUACGCUCUGAGAGCUCUAACUCAGUACAUGACAUGAAGUGCUUGUGUCCCUUUCUCUUUGCAUCAUCAAUGUCGUCUUUACUGUUGUUAUUGUGGGACACUUCAAUAUAUGUUAAAAAAUAAAAACAAAAACAAAACGACAACAAAAAAAGAGGAAAAAACACACAAAAAAAAAACGAAAGAAAAUGGACUGAAACGGAGGUCGGAGGUUCGAGGACGGCGUUCGUCGACUUCGAGCCUGACGUGGAACGAAGGAACAAAGGAGAC